AUGGCAUUGCAUAAUUAUACAAUAGAAAUAUCAAUUAAAUACAAGCUAUGUGGCAAGAAUUUCGAACAGAACAAACGAACAGAACAGUGCGACCUAACCCCUUUAAUUGUUGGUGAGACCGGCUGCAUGUGUGCGCACAGGAAAAGCAGAUAGCUUGCAAUUGGAAUAUUAAGCAAAUACGGAUGCGUACUACUUGCGUCUUACAAAUCAAAAUAGUAGUGAGUAGCCUUAUAGUUGCCGAAUAUACAGUAUACAUGCGUAUUCGCAUAAUAUUGGAAGGGCUGUUUGGUUUUCCUGUGCGGCCAAUUGGAAGAAAUCGUCACACGUGCCACAAAUUAUUCAACAUGUUGAAUUUUCGGCGCCAAUGGCAUGCGUGAAGAAAAACUCUCGAAAAAAACCACACUGUGGAGGUAUUUUCUCACGUUAGUAUGCAUGAUUGAAAUUUUGCUAAGCACAUACGUAGCUCUAUUGUGUCCCGGGUUUAGGGCCAAGUAAAUAUAAUUCCCGGUUUCUCAUCAGACGUUUUUAAAAUGCAAAUAUUGCGGCCCGCGGGUUUUUAAUUUUUUUUUAUAUUAAACAAUCAGUUUUUAAUUUUUAACAGACGUUUUUAAAAUGCAAAUAUUGCGGCGCGCGGGUUUUUAAUUUUUUUUUGUAUUAAACAAUCAGUUUCUAAUUUUUAAAAACAGAACCUAAAUUGUUUAAUAAAAACCACUAUUCUACCACUAUUCUACCAUGUUUAAUAAAAACCACUAUUCUACCAUUAGAAUAAAAGCUCUGGCUAGAAGUUAAGUUUGCUGACCGGGAAUUGAUUUGGAUAUUGAAGGGCUAGCAAAAGGAUACAGUGGUUGCCAGCGGGUUCAACAUGUCCCCAAAUGCUCGCCAUUACACCCAUGGGAGUGGCCUUCUACCCCCUGGCAACGUAUUCAUGUCGAUUUUGCAGGACCAUUCCUUGGAAUGAUGUUUUCAGUGAUUAUUGACGCCCAUUCAAAAUGGCCAAAGGUAAUAAUCAUGCACUCAAAAACAACCACCUCCAAAACUGUCGAAGCCGUGCGAACAGUGUUUGCUCGAAAUGGGUUACCAGAACAACUGGUUAGCGAUAAAGGCCCUCAAUUCACUGCAGAAGUGUUAACGAGUUGAACACGUAACUUCAGCACCAUAUCAUCCAGCCACUAACGGCUUAGCAGAAGGAUUCAUUCAAACCAUUAAACAAUCUUUGACAAUGAAGGAAAACCUUAGCUCCACGCAGACAAAACUAUCCAAAUUCUUCAAGGACAUUGGCAAUAAAAAGUUAGUAUGUCUCAUUCAAAAGAACUCUUAAAAUUAUAUAUUAAACUCUAUUACCGAUUUGUCAUAUCUUGCUUAGUUCUCGAAAUAUUUAGACUCCGUAUUGAAAUUAUUUUAAUGAGCUUUCCGCCAUCUUGAAAAAAUUCUUUUCCUCAUUAACUAUUGUAUUGAUGACGUCAGGAGUUGAUUUAACAAUAUAAAACUACUCGAAAAUGACCGAAAAACAAUCCAAAAUUGUUUGAAAUGUUUUUAAUCAUUUCUAAAUUUCUGACAGCAACCAGAAACGAAGUUUUGGACCCAUAUUGAUCGCUUACUCUCAAGAUAAAAAAUUAGCGUGACCCCUCUCUUGACAUAACAUGCAUAUCCUCAAUAAUCCAAGAUGGCGAACAGCUCACUUUUUUCAGUCGAAAUAUUUUGAAAACUAAGCAAGAUAUAAACAAUCUGUAAUAGAGUUUAAUAUAUAGUUUUAAGAGUUCUUUCAAAUAAUUUUUUAUUGCCAAUAUCCUUUAACGAAAUAUAGAAACACACCACACAGCACGCCUGGUGAUACACCAGCAACUCUCUUCAUGGGACGAAAUUUACGCACACGGUUAGACUCGAUCAAACCGAUAUUCGAAAGCAUGUUAUAGAGAAACAAGUCAGGGAAGCCAAACCCAAAGGAGCUAUUGCUGGUAAUGUACGUCAACUAUUGGGCAGGCAGUUAGUGUCAGAAAUUACAGACGGAAGGAAAAGUAGAUUCAAGGAAUUGUGCGUACUCGAACUGGACCAGUGUCAUACCAGGUCGAGAUUACACGAAAUGUUAUCUGGAGGAGAUACAUCGAUCAAUUACUUGCCUCGGAGAACAUAAGCGACACUCAAGAUCUCGAACUAGUUAUAGAUAUUCCAGGUUUGGCCAAUAAAAAUAAUGCUGAAAACGAAGCAUUCGUGGACAUCCAAGACCAACAGGAGACUUUAGAACCAAUCCAAGAAAUGGAUGAAGUAGAACAACCUGAACAACGAUAUCCCAUCCGAAUUCGGCAUCAACCAAAGUGGUUAGAACUUAGGAUUUAA